AGGGUUCGGAACGAUAAAUUAUUCAAUGUUAUGGUUUAUUGAAAUUGAGAAAUAAAAAUAGAAGUUGGAUCGAUAGAUUUCUCCUAAGAUUGAAUUAAUGAAAUGUUACAUACCUUGUAAACAAGUAUUCUUUGUUAAACUAAAAGGCUUAUUUUAAUCCAGAAUGGCGACAGCUGUAGCUAACGUACAGAAAAAAAAUGUGGGCUCAAACAAUACUGGCGGAGUUCGCAAGAAGUCGGGACCCAAGUUUGAGUUAACCGAGGAACAGAGAAGAGAUAUAAAAGAAGCUUUUGAUCUCUUUGAUACAGAAAAUUCAGGAAAAAUAGACACUAAAGAAUUGAAGGUAGCUAUUCGCGCGCUCGGCUUUGAGCCCAAAAAGGAAGAAAUCAAAAAGAUGGUAGCUGAAAUUGAUAAAGGUGAUGGCAAAGUAUCUUUUGAAGACUUCUUAGAAUUAAUGACUGUGAAGAUGGCAGAAAAAGAUACAAAAGAAGAGAUAAUGAAAGCAUUUAAACUAUUUGAUGAUGACGAGACUGGUAAGAUAUCAUUUAAAAACUUGAAGCGGGUAGCAAAGGAACUAGGUGAAAACCUGACAGAUGAAGAGCUUCAUGAGAUGAUUGAUGAAGCUGACCGAGAUGGUGACGGUGAAAUAAAUCAAGAAGAAUUUCUACGCAUCAUGAAGAAAACCAGCCUCUAUUAGAUAUUCCUGCAGCUUUAUCUGCCAAGUAUGGUGCAUAAACAAAUAGACAACCACCUAAUUCAAUGACGAGAUACUUGUAUAAAAUACAGAGCUUCUGUCAUUCUAAAUGUACUUAGUUACACAGUAUUACCUGAGCAAAUUAUGUAGAUAGGCAAAAAUAUACAUGUAGUUAAUAUUAGGCCAGUUUUAAUGAUCUAUUUGUGUAGAUGUAGGUGCAUGUUGGUUUGUUGUACUUAUAGAAGAGAAGUUAUAUGUUCAAGCAUAAGGAGAAACAAACUACUAUGUGUAUGCCAAAAGACCAACUGUUGCUGUAGUACCCAAACAAGUCGGAUCCUGUCUCUAAAAUGUUCUGUGCUCGAUCUUUUGCAUUUGUUUUUAAUGUUAGUAUUUUAGCUUAUUGUUUGUCCUCACUGCUUGUAGAUGCAAGUAUGUGGUUUGUCUGUAGCUAAAAUGUAAGGCACAAGUUUUAGAAUUAUUUGUUAUUAUCAUUAUUUUGUUGUCCUAAUUAACCAGAAAUAUAAAGAGUGCAAUAAAACCAAAAAUAAUGGUGUAA